AUUAUUGUUGUUAUUGCGUAGGCAAUGUUGAAGGUUAUUAUUAUUCUGAGAUAGAGCGGUUUUGUACAUUACAGUGAAAACCAAUCGCCAAUGGAUUCGAUAGAGUUAUUAGAAGACAGCGCUUCUUGGGAUUUUCUCGAUUACUCUUUCAUCGAUCCUCCUCCCACCGAUUUCCUUUGGUCCAAUUCAAGUUUGAGCACGGAAAUCGACAUUCCAAGUGGUGUCGUCGCAUGUCAAGAAGAGAAUACCAGGAAGAGGGGACGCACUGAAUCAUGCUACAAGGCAGGAACAAAAGCUUGCCGUGAGAAAUUGCGGAGGGAGAAACUCAAUGAAAGGUUUUGUGAUUUGAGUGCUGUUUUGGAACCCGGGAGACCUGUGAGAACAGAUAAACCUGCUAUACUUGACGAUGCUAUCAGAGUCUUGAGCCAACUCAAAACUGAAGCUCAGGAACUCAAAGAAGCAAAUGAAAAAUUAGUAGAGGAAAUAAAAUGUUUGAAGGCAGAGAAAAUCGAACUCCGCGAAGAGAAACUUGUUCUGAAAGCUGACAAAGAAAAGAUUGAGAAGCAGUUGAAAACUUUGCCUAUUUCACCAGCAGGGUUUAUGCCUCCUCCUAUGGCUGCUUAUCAAGCAAGGAUGAACAAGAUGGCUGUUUAUCCAAACUACGGCUAUAUCCCGAUGUGGCAAUAUCUUCCUCAUUCCGCUCGCGAUACAUCCCAAGAUCAUGAGCUCAGGCCUCCUGCUGCUUAGUUUCUGGUGUUACUACCCUCUGGAUGAUUUAUCAUUCAUCAUUUUGACAACAUUGUCCUAGUAAUUGACAUGUAAAUUGCCAUUGCUUCAAAUUUUCUGUUUUCUAAUAUGAAAACAUAGGCUUUACAAUUUCCAACCUAUGUUGGUUCCAACUUCCAAGUGUCAAAUAGAAUCUCUCCUUAAAUAAAGUCAUUUUUGUGAAUAAAAUUAAAGGUAAAUUUAAUUUCUUA